CACCCACCCAUUGUCUCCUUCCUUGUCCACUCCUCUGCAAUGUUCCAGCCAAUACUCAACCUCUCGGUGUUCAGCCUCUUCCUGCUACUCAGUGGCUUCUACGGCAUCAUCCUCGCCAUCCAGUUCGUACUUGAUCCCCUGCGCGACAUCCCAGGUCCCUUCCUUGCCCGAUUCACCCGCUUCUGGUACUUCUUCGCCAUCUACAAGGGCAGUUUCGAGAAGACAAAUAUCGAAUUGCACAGGAAGUAUGGCCCCAUUGUCCGUGUUGCACCCGGCGAGUAUUCGAUCGAUGAUUAUGAGGCUGCGAGGAUCAUCUAUGGAUAUGGAAACGCUUUUGUAAAGGCGCCAUGGUAUUCGGCAUGGGUGUCCCCUUCUCCUGAGCUGCAAUCCCUCUUCACAGAACUGGAUCCACACAGACACGCAACCCAGCGACGGAAAUUCUCUGCUGUGUAUUCUAUGAGCUCCCUCGUGGGAUAUGAGCCUUUCGUCAACAACUGCAGCUCUCUAUUGUCGCAACGUUUCAGUGAAUUUGCAAAGCUUGGGGAAAUUAUUAAUUUGCACCAUUACUUGCAAUGCUAUGCUUUCGACGUGAUUGGAGAGAUCACUUUUGGGAAGCGUUUCGGCUUUCUAGAUACGGGCGAGGACAAAGAAGGGGUCUUUGCAGCUAUUGAUGUCAGAGGCGUGUAUGGCACUUUCGUCGGUAUCUUCCCGUGGAUUCAUAGGUUUCUCUACCCCUUGUUCCCGAGUACUGGAGGCUUUGGCUACGUUCUCAAGUAUACGUUACGCCAAAUUGAGACUCGGAGCAAGGCAUUGAAAGACCCUUUGAACGUAGGCCGUGAAGGACCACCAGAUAUCAUGACGAAGGUUCUUCUCGCGCAUGAAGAGAACUCCCAGAAGAUGACAAGGGCCGAUCUCAUUAUUAUCUGCGCGUCCAAUAUUGGCGCCGGGAGCGAUACAACAGCCAUCACUCUCUCGAGCAUCUUCUAUCAUCUCAUGAAGAACCCGCAGUCUUACCAACGUCUUCAGUGCGAGAUGGACGUCGCAGCGAGCGAGGGACGGAUUUCCGAUUUUGUCACUUUCAAAGAAGCUCAAAACCUGCCGUACCUGCAAGCAGUAAUCAAAGAAGCCCUCCGAAUGCAUCCCGCCACCGGUCUACUAUUGCCACGAGUUGUCUCGCCCAAAGGAGCAACCAUAGCAGGCCGUUUCAUCCCCGGCAACGCGCAUGUCGGCAUCAAUCCCUGGGUAGCGUCUCGCAACACUUCCGUCUUCGGCCCAGACGCUGAUACUUGGCGACCUGAGCGCUGGCUGGAGAUCGAAGAACAGGGCCGAGGAGGUGAGAUUGAGAAGUAUUUCUUUCCCUUUGGCAUGGGAAGCCGGGCUUGUAUUGGGAGAAAUAUCAGUCUGUUGGAGAUCAGCAAGUUGGUGCCGCAGCUGUUGAGGAACUUUGAUUUUGUGCUUGAUGAGAGUGAGGAGUUGAGGAGCCUGAAUCGGCAGAUGGUGAAGCAGCAGAACUUCAGGGCGAGGAUUGUUGCUAGGAGCGAGAAGUCGUGA